GAGGUGGUUUCAAUUUAUGAACACGGAACCCUGUUUCUGUUUCAGUUACUAUUCAAAUCAAAUCCAUCUUCCUUCCUUCUACACUGUGGACUCACUGAAAUCGAGUCGAAGAAAGUCUCCAUCGAUCCCUUUCCGUGGCCGCAAUGUUUCGCAGAAUCUUCUCCCACCGUACAGCCUCAGCCUUCACCCACAAAUACAAUGCACCUUUCCGACCCCAAACCCCUAAUCUCCCUCUCCCCUCCUUCGCAAGACUCGUUUCUUCCAAAAGGGAAAACACCGAUAAGAGUAAAAAGGACAUUGCUAAUGUUGAGGAUCCCUUUAGUGCUCCCACUUAUAACAUUCCGGAGAAGCCAGUGACGUUUGUUGAAGGCGCAUCUUACAGUGUUGUCAUUCUUGCUGGCCUUGGAAUCGCUGCCGCCGCUGGAUAUGCUGUUUUCAAGGAGCUUAUAUUUCAACCCAAGGAGUACAAGAUCUACAGCAAGGCUCUUCAAAGAAUUCAGGAUGAUGGUCAGGUAAGAGUGAGGAUUGGAUCUCCAAUUACAGGCUAUGGUCAGGAGAGUAGAAAUCGUGCUGCUCGCCAAAGAAUUCCUCACAGGGUUUGGACUGAUGAAGAUGGUGUUGAGCAUGUAGAGGUUAAUUUCUAUAUCCGGGGGCCCCAUGGUCAUGGAAAAGUAUUCUCGGAGAUGUUCAAAAGCCCAGCUGACAAUGAAUGGAAGUUUACUUACUUGAUUGUUGAGAUUAGAGCACCCUCUGCUGCACAAAUAAUUCUGGAGUCAUACAUUCCAUCUUACAAUGCAAAGAAGUAGUCUAGAUGAGAAAAGGUCUUUGAUAUUUGGGCCAUUAGUAGAGGCUGCAUUUUUCAGCUAUCAGCAUUGACCACCGUAGCCAGUCCAUGUUCCAUAAGGGAUGAAGUUGAAAGAAGGAAAGACAAUUAAAGAAAGUUACAAAUAAUGUGAGAAACUGGAUCCCAAGUCUCAGGUUCAGUAUUUUAUUUUAUUUCUUUUUCAUUUAGAACCUGCAGAUAUGAGGAAAAGUUUUGGGCAAGGAUCUUAGUAACGAUGGCCAGAGCAAUUACUUUGUCCUUGAUAGCAAUUGAGAAUUCCAUCUGCUAAUUUGUUUUAUUGCUGACAAUUAAUUCCAUAUGGCUUGGUUUGUGAAGUACAUUAUGGUAGCUGGUUGUAGCACACAAAUUUUUACUGAUGAAUAUAUAUGGUGAUUGUAGCCAGAACGAUAAUUGAUAUGGGUCGUAUAUGAUUGAUGUUGAUUG